CUCUCGUGGAGGCAGCUAGCGCGAGGCUGUGGAGCGCUGAGCCGCGCGUCGUGCCCUGCGCUGCCCAGACUAGCGAACAAUACAGUCAAGAUGGCUAAAGGUGAUCCCAAGAAACCAAAGGGCAAGAUGUCUGCUUAUGCCUUCUUUGUGCAGACGUGCAGAGAGGAACAUAAGAAGAAAAACCCUGAGGUCCCUGUCAAUUUUGCAGAAUUUUCCAAGAAAUGCUCUGAGAGGUGGAAGACAAUGUCUGGGAAAGAGAAGUCUAAAUUUGAUGAAAUGGCAAAGGCAGACAAAGUGCGCUAUGAUCGGGAAAUGAAGGAUUACGGACCAGCUAAGGGAGGCAAGAAGAAGAAGGACCCGAAUGCCCCCAAGAGGCCACCGUCUGGAUUUUUCCUGUUCUGUUCUGAAUUCCGCCCGAAGAUCAAAUCUACAAACCCUGGCAUCUCUAUUGGAGACGUGGCGAAGAAGCUGGGCGAGAUGUGGAAUAACUUAAGUGACAGCGAGAAGCAGCCGUACAUCAACAAGGCAGCGAAGCUGAAGGAGAAAUACGAGAAGGAUGUCGCAGACUAUAAGUCUAAAGGGAAGUUUGAUGGCGCCAAGGGUCCUGCUAAAGUUGCCCGGAAAAAGGUGGAAGAGGAAGAUGAAGACGACGAGGACGAAGAAGAGGAGGAGGAGGAGGAGGAGGAUGAAUAAAAAAAAACUGUU